AUGUUUUCGGCUAAGACUUUCACUGUUUUAAUACUGCUGAUGUUAUUCUGUUUAACUUCUGACUGUGACGCUUGGCGAAGACGCCGUCGUCGUCGUGCUCCCCCGCCAUGUCCAGUGAAAAACUGUGAUAUCACUUUAUGGUCAUACUGGAGUUAUUGCAGUACAGACCAAUGUGGACAGCAAGGCUCUCAAAGUCGAUCAAGAACGGUUGUAUCAGAGCCAUCAUGUGGUGGAACAGAAUGCCCUGACAACCUUUCCGAAACUCGGCAGUGCUCUGGUAGUAAAGCAGUUGACUGCAAACUUAGCCACUGGUCAGAAUGGAGCGGUUGUACAACUGUUUGUGGCGUAUUAGGAACACAGUCCAGUGUCCGCCACCGAAUAACUAUCGAACAAUGUGGCGGUACCUGCUCAUCUUCCCUGAUAAAGACACGAUCCUGCCAACAGACCGGCUGUUUUAAUGGAGGAAGUCUUAGAGAGGGAGUAUGUUCCUGUAGAGCAGGGUUUUCCGGGGAUUGCUGCGAGCUGCAAGGUAACUAGCUCACGAAAACUAGAAACUAUAAGCCCUUCAUAAACACAAACACAAUAUGUAAGCACCUCUCAAUUUUGGACGCUUACUUCAAACAGGAAAUUUUAAUUGAAAUUUUAAAAUUUAGAACAGAAGUUAUCGGAAAUUUUUUUAUGUUCACAUAUGAUUUUCAUAUCCGUACAGUCAAAACAGGACUGUGUUUAAGAUAGUAGAAACAGAAACAAUCCAACCUCUGCAACUGAGUCUACAUUUUGUACCAAAACACCGCACAUUAACAUGUUUGUUCUUACUUUUGAACGGCAAGUCAUUUCUCUAACAUAAGGUGAUAUUGUUUAUUACCCCUCAAAGGCCAGUCCAUCAAGAUUAAAAUUGCAAUCAGGGCUCAUAGACAGCCUUUUUUCUACUUAGAAUGCUUAGGUAACUGGAGGCUUGUCUCUUGUAUUACCACUAAUUGAAGUACAUCGUAACUCACUUAUUGUAUUCAGUAGUAUUUCUCCAUCAUAGUGCAAGUAUCAGUGAAGUCUACAAAGUAUUACAAAAAGAAAGAAAAAACAAAACUCUGAAAAUCAUUCUGGACCAACGUGGAUCUAAUCAUUAUGUUUUUUAAGCGCUCUUACAAUUGAAACGGUCGAGCGCAUUCCCAUGAUUAUGAACCGCGUAUGAAUCGAUUGUUAGCGCUUCGGCAAAAUCACUUGCGUACUGAGUAGAGAAGUUUAGAGACUGUAGCGCGUUAGAGUUUUAUGAGACUAAAAAGUCUUCCAUACCUUCAAAUGAGGAACUGAACUGACAAAGAAGACAAUGGUAUCAAAUUGAUUAAUUCUUGUUCUUGCGUUAGCAAAAUUGUGGCAUUUAUUUUUAGUACUUAUUACGCCUAAAGCGAUAAUGAAUGCUAGGAAUUCAAGACGAAAGAUUUAUUUCACUGGAACUUUCCAAUUUCGAGAAACAAUAACUUUCUGUAUGUGACAUGUCUUUCCUGUGUCAUUUGUGGUCUGACCUCAUUUCAGAUGUGGAAGCAAAUUAACUGAGCCUGCGUUUGAUGCCAAGAGCACCAAAGCACUCUUGUUGUAAUCUUUGACUUCGAAUGGUUAUUUCACUCGAUUUGCAGCCAGUGGCAUCGUUGCGCCUGUACAAUUUGUCAAGUAAACCCCUGUUAUGAGAGAUAGAUUAAAGAGGGGGAUGUUGCGUGCAAAGAUGCUAGUGACGUCCAUCCUGAGUUAAAUUUUGCGAGUCACAUAAGGAAUUUCGAGCUUGAGGAAAUACUAAAAUGAUAAAUUAGAGAUUUCGCUAGAGUUUCAUUGUAGAAGUGCUGCUGGUAUGAUAUCAGCAUACAUACAAUAGGCGCAAAGCGUGCGGUUUUUUAAAACACACUUCCAGGACGUGUUUAUGGCGAAGCUCACUCGUAUGAAUGACUCGUAAUAAUUCUCAUUAAAAAUGCCUCCACCUUUCUUAUAUAUAAAUUUUUAAUGUAUUGAAAUUAUUCUGACAGGUUUUAAGAAGAUAUUCUCAUGAAGUUCACAAUUUACGAUAAAACAUCGAAAAAAGAUGUGGAACAAAAGAAGAGCUUUUUAGGUGGUCUUGCGAUAUUUUAGCAGCUUAGAGGUUGCUGCUUUAGCUUCGAAGGUCGAGAAAACCAUCAUAUGUCCCAAGCUAUAGUGCUUGUCUUCAGAAAGUUCGCGUCAAUAAAAAUGUUAAUCAGUCCGUCAUCCAGCGCAGAUAAAUGAGAUAGAAACAUGUAGUACACAGUUUAUCCAAAGUCGAUAUGAUGCAUACCAUUUGUAACAGUGGAAAUUCAUAACAUUAGCACUUUCGCUUGUGCUGUUGCAUUGGUUUGUGUUGCUGCUCCAGUUUUAAGAAAGCGUUGACUAAGGAGCAGGUUUUUAGAAUCAUUACCUUUUUACAACCGUAACAGUGCAAUACGUUUGCUUUGAAAGUAGCCGAAUCUUUUUUUCUUUGUAAUCCCCGCUGUUAAGUGCCGCUCUCGCUAGGAGCAGUCCUCUCGACUUCCUGUCGGAAAAAAGUUUUCUUUUAUUUUCUGCCCAUGAGAAGGGUAUAGGAAACAUGUUUCAAAAAUUGUUUAGUUGUUCUCCAAUUCUCUUUUUUUGCGUCGCCACAAGCCAAAAAUGAUUUUUGGCCAGACCAGCCGUGUGGAUAGCGAUCGAAAGUUUAAAUUUCAAAGAUUUUGUCCAGCGCGCAGCAACUGCAACAAUUUAGCUCACGAAAUUCUUUUUUACUACAAGUUACAAGAUGCAUUCGGUUAGUUCACAGACAAAAUAUGGAAACUUCAGCUGAAAUAUUUUUCAUACCAGCGUGAUCAGAGGAGACGCUUCUCUUCGACCUUAACUUGAAUAUCAAAAAUUCACUACUUUGUACGAAACAAUUCUCAAAAUGCAGGCGUUAAUCGGGCUGAAAAAGCAUAUCAGUGCAUAGUGUAUACACCAAUGAGGUCACGUAUUGUCUCAAACCCGCGGGUAUAUCUCUAGCUUCCAUCCACCAACAUCUUAAAAACAAUGCAAAUCCAUGUGUUUGCUCAAUCGCGCUCGUGUCAAAGAUUAUUUGCAUGAUUCUGAAAAUUGGCCAAGAUCUCCUUUUAACUGUUCAAACUUCGUUCGUUUAUCUUCUACGUUGAGGAUUUUAGGUUUUCAUAGCAACUGAAUGGAGAAUAGAUGCCGAGUUGUCCUAAAACGUUGCAUAAACGUUGCGUAAACGUGAUCGGUCGUAACGCUUGCGCGCUUGCGUGAGUUACAAAUUAGACAAAGGUGAUAGGAAGGCGCCUUAUCGAUAAUUUACGUCGAAACAUCAGGUCAUGAACUACGCACAGUGUGGAGAAGAUCAAAAUUAAAGAAUCAAAUUUGGCACUUUGGUCAUAACAAACAUAUCGCGUUGCUUAAAAGGAAACAAAAACAAGUUAAAAUGGGUUACAGUGUUUCCAUUUACAAAACACUCUGAAACAAUUCUUGCAGUUUCUCCCUUGAUUUUGUACACGGAACCCGAUGAACUAGCCCUCCUUUCUGCAAAUUUGUUUCCGUCAUAACAGACAUAUCGCGUUGCCCAAAAGGACACAAAAACAAGUUAAAAUAGGUUACAGUGUCGACAUUUACAAAACAACACGAAUGCACUCUGAAAUAAUUCUUGCAGUUUCUCCCGAGAUUUUGUACACGGAACCCGAUGAACUAACCCACCUUUCCGCAGAUUUGCUUCCAUCAUUACUGAUGUUACGCUCUUAUGGACCACAACGGUUUUGAGUGACAAACUCGACAUUUCCCUGCGACGAUCAAAAUCAACUGGACAAACCCAGCUUAACUUAUUGCGUGACGUGAUUGUGCAAACUUUCCAAACCAAAAUUAGUUAAUGUAACGAAUUAGAAUCGAAAGUUAUUAAAAUGGACUGAAGAAUUUUACAUUUUUAUGAGCAUUUUAAUUUUUAAAAAGGUUUACUUGUUUCAUGGAAAACAAAGAUUGGAGCGGCUUUGGGUGUUUCAGCCCUGAUUUCUCUCCUGGAAUGCCGGUGUCACAGCGGAUACGGACCUCCCUUCGCAUUUGGACCCCCCUAAUAAACUUUCCUUUUAAGCAUCCUUUGUGUCAUAUUUGGUAACUAAUUCUAUUUGCAAGCUUUUUGUCGAUGUUCUUUUCACUCACAACACAACAUUCCUCAAUAAAGGUAAAAAAAGAAAAAAACCAGCCAUUUCGUUCCAAUUCUACCGCAUUUAUUAUAGCGAGUCGUACAGUAUACGCAAGAAUCAGAUGUGAACAAACUACUGCAUUCGAACUAUUGAAAUUGUUACAAUAAAUCUUAACUCACACUGUACCAUGUCGUCCCAAGCAUUGAACAAUGACAAAAUAAAUUAGUGUCACAAGUUCGCUCUUAUUGAAUCUAGCGGUGUUUGACUCUCGCGAAAAAGUUUCAAAAAUGACCUCUCUCCAGACAUUAAACUAAAUUCUUGCCCAUUUUCCCUUAGUCAAAAGAAACAUCCGACGGGAUGCCAGUUCGUAUGCAUAAACGAUACUUUCGUACGCACUGGAACGUAAAGUAUCAUCCAUGUUUAGUAGUACGUUAAGGAUGAUGUUUUCACUCUGUUUUGUUGGGGGGUCCAAAUCCACGGGGUGGGGUCCAAAUCCGCUGGGACACCGGGACGACGUAUCGAGUCAUUUGAAGUACUACCAGCUAUCCAGCGAAAUCCUCAAGUGCAAGUUAAUUUUAUUUCGUUCCGUUCAUUUUGACCACGAUAUGGAAAAAAUAUAACAGUUAUUGGCAUGUUCUAAGCAUCCGAACACUUUAAGAAACAUUGGAAAUGCGGUGAAAGUACUCGUUAACAGGCACAGCACAUGGGAAAAUGUGAAGCAGUAAAAGAAAGCCAGACUGACUGGAGAUUUUUUCGAAGUUUUCGAAAUUAAAGUUGUAGUCGGAUCACAUGGGAAAUAUAUUUGUCAUUUCUCGAGAGUGAAAGCUAUUAUUCGACUAAAAAUUUAUUUAUCAGUGCCUAUCUGGGCUAUCUGCACUGACAGACAAAACCAGAAUUCUCUUGAAAAAAUUAAAGGACAAAUUGUGUUCUGACGAAUUUUUGUCUCGAUUUUGCAUCCGCUUAAAAUUUAAAAAAUCCACGAGUUUCGCGACAAAAGAAAGGUAAUACCUUCCAGGCAAAUAUUCGUGAGUUCAAUAACAAGCUGGUGGCAGCUUUUACGAUAAAUGGCUUUGAAAACUCAGUCUCCUUUCACUGCCUCACAUUCUUCAUUUUGCUCUAGAUGCUAAAAAAUACUUUUUUCUACUUUUUCAGUGUCCUCUCAGGUGUUCUGAUGUUUAGAACAUACCAAUAACUGUUUUAUUUGUUCCAAAUCAGGGCUAAAAUACCCAAAGCCACUCCAAUCUUUGCUUUCCAUGAAUCAAGUAAACAUUUUAAAAGAUCAAAUUCUCAUUAAGAUGUAAAAUUCUUCAGUCCAUUUUAAUAACUUUCGAUUCUAAUUCGUUACAUUAACUAAUUUUGAUUCCAACUUGUAGAACCCGCGAAACAGGUCGUAUGACAAAGAGAAAAGUUUGCACAAUCACGUCACGCAAUAUGUCAAGCUGGGUUUGUCCAAUUGAUUUUGAUGGUCGCAAGGAAAUGUCGAGUUUGUUGCUCAAAACCGCUGUGGUUCAAAGAGCUUAACAUCAUUCAUGACGGAAACAAAUAUGUAGAAAAGAGGGCUAGUUCAUCGUGUUCCGUGUACAAAAUCUCGUGAGAAGCUGCAAGAAUUGUUUCAGAGUGUUUUGUAAAUGGAAACACUGUAACCCAUUUUAACUUGUUUUUGUGUCCUUUUGAGAAACGCGAUAUGUCUGUUAUGACCAAAGUGCUAAAUUUUAUUCUUUAAUUUUGAUCUUCUCCACACUGUGUGUAGUUCAUGACCUGAUGUUUCCACGUAAAUUCAUCGGGUUCCGUGUACAAAAUCUCGGGAGAAACUGCAAGAAUUAUUUCAGAGUGCAUUCGUGUUGUUUUGUAAAUAUAUAGACACUGUAACCUAUUUUAACUUGUUUUUGUGUCCUUUUGAGCAACGCGAUAUGUCUGUUAUGACGGAAACAAAUUUGCAGAAAGGAGGGCUAGUUCAUCGGGUUCCGUGUACAAAAUCUCGGGAGAAACUGCAAGAAUUGUUUCAGAGUGUCUUGUAAAUGGAAACAUUGUAACCCAUUUUAACUUGUUUUUGUGUCCUUUUGAGAAACGCGAUAUGUCUGUUAUGACCAAAGUGCUAAAUUUUUUUCUUUAAUUUUGAUCUUCUCCACACUGUGCGUAGUUCAUGACCUGAUGUUUCGACAUAAAUUAUCGAUAAGGCGCCUUCCUAUCACCUUUGUCUAAUUUGUAACUCACGCUAGCGCGCAAGCGUCACGACCGAUCACGUUUACGCAACGUUUUAGGACAACUCGGCAUCUAUUCUCCUUUCGGUUGCUAUGAAAACCUAAAAUCCUCAACAUAGAAGAUAAACGAACGAAGUUUGAACGGUUAAAAGGAGAUCUUGGUCAAUUUUCAGAAUCAUGCAAAUAAUCUUUGACACGAGUGCGAUUGAGCAAACACAUGGAUUUGUGUUGUUUUUAAGAUGUUGGUGGAUGGAAGCUAGAGAUAUACCCGCGGGUUUGAGACAAUUCGUGACCUCAUUGGUGUAUACACUAUGCACUGAUAUGCUUUUUCAGCCCGAUUAACGCCUGCAUUUUGAGAAUUGUUUCGUACAAAGUAGUGAAUUUUUGAUAUGCAACUUAAGGUCGAAGAGAAGGGUCUCCUCUGAUCACGCUGGUAUGAAAAAUAUUUCAGCUGAAGUUUCCAUAUUUUGUCUGUGAACUAACCGAAUGCAUCUUGUAACUUGUAGUAAAAAAGAAUUUCGUGAGCUAAAUUGUUGCAGUUGCUGCGCGCUGGACAAAAUCUUUGAAAUUUAAACUUUCGAUCGCUAUCCACAGGGCUGGUCUGGCCAAAAAUCAUUUUUGACUUGUGGCGAAGCAAAAAAAGAGAAUUGGAGAACAACUAAACUAUUUUUGAAACAUGUGUCCUAAAUCAUUUCAUGGGCAAAAAAUAAAAGAAAAUUUUUUUUAGACGGGAAGUCGAGAGGACCGCUCUAAGCGAGAGCGGCACUUAAAUACAGGAUAUGUGUUUAUGCAGACCUAGUGCGAGGAGAUGAUACUAUCCCAGCUUAAUGUCAUACGCAGGGGAAACUUGGCGUUGCGGUGGACUGGGGCCAGUCGACUGCCAUCUUAGUUCCUGGUCGGAGUGGGGUCCUUGUACGACAAUGUGUGGUGUAGGGGGUAGGCAGACUAGCACUCGUCGCCGGCUGAUUACAGAGCAGUGUGGAGGUACAUGCCCCGGUGGAUUAAACUUAAAAAUAACACGAGCCUGUCCUCAGAUCAGAUGCUUUAAUGGAGGCAGAUUAAUGCAUGGAGCAUGUAAAUGCAAUGUGGGUUACUCUGGUGAUUGCUGUGAGUACACUGAGAACACUAAGAAAGGUAAAGUCCACACAGAAAUAUGCAUAACUGCAUAGGUAUGCGUGGUUAUAAACCACGUGUUUCUUAUAAGGCUUGAAAGCUACUUUAGAGAUGGUCUAGCUAAAGAAAAUAGCAGCAUCGAAUCCAACUUGUCUUAGAAGAGGAUCUUAAGGGGUUGGCAUUACUUUUGACAGCAUAGAUUGUUCCAAUAUAUAGUAAACGGUUUAAAUCUUGCGGGGGGAGGGGGGGGGGCAUAUUGCGGUUGACAGUUUAUUUUUGGAAAGACAGUUUAUCACUGAGAACUAAUUCAACAAAAUUCACAUUGUGAGAAAUUAAAACAAACAAUUUAGCGCUAAAACUGCAAUCACCUCCCUUUCCUUCCUUGCAUAAUAUUUUAGAUCUAUAUCUUGUUUGUUUACUAUACUCAGAUCACAGCUGCCACAGGUGCAAUCUCCAUUGGCUCCCAGUAUCAUAUAAUAGCCAAGCUCCUUGAUGUUUUUGAUUGCAGAUUUUAAGUUUCGAUGCUCAAUCACUGAGCUUCAGAGCACUGGCUUAAGGGCUCUCCUAUUUAUUAGGUACAACGAAACGCGUUGCCGGUUAAAUAAGUUAGCAAAUUUAUUUCUAAACUGCAAGUUUUUAUUGUUCCUUUCUGAAUUCGACAUUUUAAAAGUAAAUUCUAAAAUUGUUAAAAAAUGUUCUCUUACUGCUUGAAAAGUGGCUAACCAAUCAUUCAAAUGAAUUUUCUGUUGAUGUAGAUCAAAUUUUUCGACUGCUGAUCAUAUUUCUUCUCCUUUUCAGAUACAGACACAGAUACCAACACAGGCUCAAUCAAAAUCAAGGUCGCGAUUUCGGUGCCGGGAGUAGUAGUUUUGUUCGUCAUCAUCUUUUGUGUGUGCUGGCGUUAUUUUAAGGAAUGAACCCAGACCUCGAAGAUCAAUAUGAAUCUACCCAAAGUUGCCUUUUUUACCUUUUUACACAACAUACUCAGUGUUAAGCUUAAACGCAGCAAGCGAGAUAAAUCGAAACAGAAGUCAAUGUUUGUAGAGCUCCUUUAACUAAAAUUUGUGUAAGAACAAGCUUUAGCCAAGCUACUUAUUUUAAAGGGAAAGUGAAAAGUGGGCGAGCGAAAAAUGAUGUUAGCGAUAGCCUGUUACAUGUUAUACAUGGAUUCGAACGGGGAUUUUAGCCAUCAAUUUAUUUGCGCCCGAACUAGAUAAUCAGCUAUGGGAACAUGCUUAUUUUUCUACUCUCUGCCGUGGUCAACUACUAAUGGAUGGAGCCUUUAGUUAUCACCCUAUAAACGCAGAGUUUCACGUCUUUUAUCACGAGUUAUACAACCCAUAGCUUUAUUUCUCUUCAAAAUAUACUUUUCGUGAACAAAUCAAAAAUGAAAUAUUGCUACUUGAGAAUAGGAGCAAAUAGCAAAUCAACUGAGCGCGAGUUCAGGCCUUAAUAACAGCCACCAUUUUGUCAAGGAGCGCGCAACCCACGCACAAAGCAUUAUGCGCAGUAGGGAUGCGCAAUCAGCAAGACUUUGAAAUUAACAGCUAUAUUGAAUCUCCAAAACUCUAUUGACGCUGAUGCACAAAUGUAAAUUAUCAAAACUUGGAAAGAGAAAACCGUAACCUAAAUUUUAAUUGUUUGCUCAUUUUCCACGUAUAUGUUGUUUAACCGCGGUGUGCUCUGAAUGAAAUGUUAUCGAUGAUAAAACUCGAGUGCAACGUCAAUAUCAUGCAAAGCUGGUUGGAGUUCUCACACGAAUGAUGGCUGAAGUCCUUAAGAGGUGUUUAAGUAUCUUUGUACUGAAAUGACCUUUUGGGCUGCUUUUUGUUGAUAUAACCAGGUGUCAAUUCUACUCUAUAGUAUUUUUGUACUGGUAUUUUCCGCCCUAAGUUCCAAACCAUAUUCUUUGUGUCAUUUUGCAACCGUGAAAACUGCAUACAUCACGAUUGAAUCAAUGUGAUCCUCUUUUGGAUUCAGUAAAUUCAACUUGUGCUGACAAAGGAAAGACGAAAGAUGUGUUUUGCUUCAAAACUGAUUGAUCUGAACUGGUUUUUCUCUGGAAUGGUGCUCACAUACCUCUGGACUGAAAAUGUGUCAGAGCAGACCACCCUAGUAUUUAUCUAACAUUGAAAGUGCUUAAGGGAGUUUGCUUAAGCUUUAAGAAGUUUCAUCUAUAUUCACAGUGUUCAGUAAGCCGACACAAGGCUAGUGAAGAGUUUUGUGCUCGUCCUUCAAUUUUUCUCAUUUAUACUGUUAUAAAAUGAUUUCGAGAGCAAUUUGUAUUCAAUCAGCACGAGUAUAUUUGGCAAAGAUUAUAACCGAAAAAAAACGUAGAAGUCAGAAGGCUCUCGAGAGCCUAUCCCAAAGUGCCUUAGAAAUAAUUCGAAUACUGCACUAUGUUUCAACUUUUAAACCCAAUUUCAACUUUAUGACCGACUGGGGAUUAGCUUACAUUCUCUUAGCCAUUGGGUAUGUUGGAAUUUCCGCAAUAAUCGCAAUCGCAUCAUUGAUGAUAUUUAUCGAAUAAACGAUUAAAAUUUUUGCCUUACUCUGUCUGCUAUUCCUUGAAUGCGAAAUCUUUUAAUCCCCUUUAAAGCCAUAGAAACGUCAUGAAGUAAUCACACUUCUUUGGAAGACAAGAGACAACUCAUUUCUCGUUGUUUCUGUGGUUUAUGACCAUGUUCUCUGAGCCAUACUGUAGCGUGGUAAAUGUGGGGGGAGGGGGGAGGGGGGAGGGGAAGUGGAAGCUUGAGUAUAUAAAAAGCAGUUAAAACAUUUUUUUUAAUAUAACAAGAGUGGGGCAUCGUAGGACAAAUUCAUUUUAAUAACCGUGACAACAUUUUUCAAACAUUUAACGGAAGAAAUUGACAGUCAUGUCAACGACUAGCCUCUGUUCCUGAUGCAAACAACAAAAUCAUUAGCUGACUGCACUGAGUAGUGCUUUAUUUGAAAUAAAACGCUACCUUUAUGCGUAAUUUUUGAUAGCACUCGAAGGUUCUUGAAAAUAGAAACUGCAUUCCUCUCCAGAUCAUUGCUCCAUCCCUUAAUAAUUUCACUUUCCUUUUUUUAUGACAUAGAACCACCACGACCAUGACAACGACAGCUUCAAUCAAACAAGGUGUUAGGAUGCCUGAAAGCACACCUUUAUUGAUCCCUGCGAAAAUGAAAAUGUUUAUUUUCAAUCGGCGAGAUAUAGAGAAUAAUACUUGGGCGUACGUAAAUAUGGGAUUUUUCUUCGAGCGUUUGACUCAAUAGCUCACGAGUGAAAUGUAUCGUUGACGAGUGAGAAGUAUCGUUGAAACGAUCUAAAAUGCGUCGAAAUUCUACAAAAGCAGGAAAGUUCCGUUUCUGUAAUACUGUACAUUAUUAUCUAAUUGAAACUUAUUUUCAUAUCUCGUUCUAUCCUCGGUUGUCUUUUGUGCACUUUCAGAUUUCAGGGAUCGAAGAAAGGUUGAAUUCCGAUAUCUUUGUCUAUGUACCCACCUCCUCCUCAAUCUGUUCAUAAUGGGCAACGCAGGACAGAAUAAUUUAUUGACAACUGCGUUUGCAAAUGGUGAUAGUAAAAUACUUCAAGCAUGUCGACCUUGCAGUGACAACAAUGUUCUCCUUCCUAGUUAGAAUCGAUUUCUUUUGAUGCCAGUUUAUAAAAUACAGACUCAUCUAGCCAGUAGAGCAGUUAGCAGAGGUUUCCAUAAAACUUGAUACAAUUGGUUCGAUGCUUCUCAUCUGGAUUAUAAAAUAUUGAAAAAUUCUUGUAGCUUUGUCGUGCUCGGGAGUCAACCAACAUAAAGAGAAUAAAUGCAUUUUGGGAGAACAAUGAUGUUUCUGUAAAGGCUGCUAAGUGGUAGCCAGCACAAUAACAAGCAGUUAAAUCUACCCACUACUUGGCUGCUAAUAAAACCUCUGCAGUAUACACUUAUGUAGUUUAGUUGUCUUUGAACAAUUCACAUGUGCUUGUUAACACCAAAGAGGUACCCGUCAGGUCAGAAACUUUUCCUUUUUUCUCUUAAUGCAGGCAAGCUAUUUCAAAAAUGGGGUGGGGGUGUGGGGAGAGGGCAUUUCUUUCUGAUUCGUUCAAAAAAAGGUACACCGAGUUUUAGUUGUGCUACAGUAAAAUCGUACUGUCUAUUUACCUCCUGUCUUGUUAAGUCUUGACAUCUGUGUUAUUUUCUGGUCCAAUUUCUGAGUGUGAUAUCUGGAAUGGAGGGUUGUUGUGUAAAUCUUCACUCAUUUCACUCAAAUUAAGCUGCCAUGUCAGAGUUCUUGUGUUGUUGUAUCUUUGCGUGGUUUUCUGAAUGAAAGACUCUAUGCCAUGAAAAUUAAAGAAUAUAUAUUUGCUAUCAAUUUUGUUAUCCUUACUAAUAAUGUUAUGGAUAGGGUAAAUCUCUUUACACUGUUAUAAAGUUAUAAUUUAAACUGUUUGAUGCUGAAAAAUAAUGUUGAUUAUUUAUUUAAGCCUUAAAUUCCCAUGAGUGUCUAAGAAAAAAUUUCUCCUUACAAUAUUUAUACAAUAUCAAGCAGACAAGUGAUGAAAAUAAAGAAAAAAUAUCAAUUAGGGGAUUAUUAGUUGAUCCAAUACCAAAUUCUCAGAACAACUCUAACAUCACAUGAAUUGUAUGGCAAGUACAGUGCAGUAAGGAGAAUCAUUAUUGAGAUCCUGGAAAGGGUUAACAGUCAUUUCUAAAGCUAAUACCCAAUUCAGGAGACCUGAACAUUCCCUUUCACAAUAUAUUUAACCCUUCAACUCCCAAGAUCUGAUUGUUAAUUCUCCCCUCUAGCUGGUACACAUCUCCUUGUAAAUUAGUUAUGAGAAUUUGUUGUUUGUUCAAGAUACAGUAACAACUUCUACCUGGUAAGUUUGAGUAUUCUUAUUACCUGUUUGCUGGGUAGUGUGAGGAUGUUAUGGGGAGAAGUUACAUGUUAAUCAUUUUAGGAAGUUAAAAGGUUAAGAGCUUGACAAAAAAAUGUUCCAUCCUUCAUCUCUUAGUUAGAGUCACUAUAGAUAGCAGACUUAAGAAGCUCCUCAUUGAGGAUUGAAACAUUUCAAUUACUAAACUGCUAGUCCACUUCAGGUCAUAUAGUUACCUGGCAAUCUUCUGUUGGUGUCUUUUGGCAUUAUCUAUCGUAAUAAUUCCAACAAAUCACAUGUUGUUUGUUGUGGAUGGCAUCUCACAAACUUCUUAUCGAUUAAUGAAUAUUGCUCACCAAAUUCUACAAAUGAAUAGGGUCUCUUUGCUGAUUGAACAUCUUGACUUUGAAAUGUUAUUACAAAUUCACGCUGAAGCUCCUCAAGAAACAAAAAACCAAAACAGCAGAAUAGGUUCCAUCACAAACAGCCAAGAAACAAACUCCAACAGCCUUCACAAAGCUAAAAGAUGGAAAGAAACAACAUAAAAGAAAAACUUCCAUUUACAACUCAACAGACUCACAUUGCUUCCAGACUACCUCCCUUAUCCCUAUCUAAAAGAUGGAAGCAUUGUACUGAACCCGUUCACCUGUAAGAGUGAGUAGCAUCUAAUUUCUCUUUACAAUAUCUCCCCUGAAUAACGUAAUAAUGUCAUGAGAACGAGGGAAAUAAUCACUAACUGAAUGAGCUCUUGAUUGCAAAAUAAUUUCUCUUUAUCAACACCUCAGGAAAUGUUUUGAGAACAGUAUGGAGAAUAUACAUUGUGAUCUUAGGAUGUAAAGGGUUAAUGUAGUUCCUACAACACACACUGUUGAUCUGAGAUUGGGUACUGUAGUAGUCAGGUACAGGCAACCUAAUGUAAAGAUUACCAUAAACUAGCAAGCAAUCCGACUUAAACAUAGUUUCUAUACUGACAGUAUUUUCAGGAGUACCUCUGUCAUAUUUUUAGGUAAAAAAAAGGGCAGAAAAAGAGUAAUUUUGGGGAAAAAUUCAACCUUACACCCAUGUGCUACAAAGUUAAGUUUGGCAAAUGAAAAUAGAACAUAGUUGGUCCAUAAAACUAUUAGGAGUACGACGAACACUGACUAUUCAACUGGUUUGGCACAUAUAGUUAUUCUGAUCAUGAGCAAUUGAUCAUACAACUCAGAAUUUUCCUCGUCUUAAGCUUGGCGACAUGCUCUCGUCUUAUCUACGUGUCUUUAUCUCGCCUUGUAGCGGCAAUCCAUUUCGAUCUCGAUAAAUCAUUCGAAGGAAAGUUGAAGAAAGAUAAAUUCUCACCAAUUUUAUUUCGUUUGUCGUUACUACAGAAAUGAACGCAGCAAUGAUAGUGGGCCAUGCUUGCUUGAAAUCUUCCCUCAAGACACUUUAAUGUAACACAACCCUACCAAUACCUUAUGCCCGUCCAGCCUCGAUUUAGUGCCUCACGCAAUCCAAGAUGGCGUUGCGUGAUAAAGAGCUUAUUUUGCAUUUUAUUUUCGUCAAACAACUGCGGUAUGGCUUCCUUAUGAACAUCACGUGGGCAAACUCCGGAGUCCUGUUGACUUAGUGCUGGGCUCGUUUAAGUUUACUUCCUUGUUUGAUGCUUAGUUGUGUUUAUAACUGUGCACGGUUGUUCUAUAGUGUAUACCAAAGAUGAUCUCGGCAAAGAUUUCCUUUGUGGUAAUUCUGCUAGUGUGGUUCUCUGUCUCUUCUAAUUGUCAAUGUCCAGCGCGAGACUGUGAUGUCACGUUUUGGACAUUCUGGAGUCGGUGCACUUCAGACCAAUGCAGGCAGUUGGGAGCUCAAAGUCGAUCAAGAAUGAUAGUAACAAGGCCUACUUGUGGUGGAAGAGAAUGCCCUGACAACCUUUUCGAAACUCGUCAGUGCUAUGGGGGAAAUCCAGUUGACUGUGAACUGAGCGAGUGGACAAGUUGGAGCUCUUGCACAACUCCUUGUGGCGCAUCGGGAACGCAAUCUAGCUCUCGUCACCGAGUUCUUACUGAGAAGUGUGGCGGUACAUGUUCGUCUUCUCUCUCAAGAACAAGAUCCUGCUUACAGACAGUU